AUGUCAUUUGCUGUUCCAUACAAAGCAGGUCCAGUAUUUGACUUUCCUGGAGUUUUCAAGAUGAAAUCAUAUAAAAAGAAUACAUAUAUUGCUAUGAUAUCAUCAGAUACUGUUUAUAUUGUAGAUUGUUCAGAUCGAAAUUUGAAAAAGCAUUUCACAGUAGUUAGAGAUAAACAAUCAUUAGAACUUUAUGGAAAUAACGAAUUUAUUGAAUGGAUAGAUCCAAAAACUUUAGCAGUCGGAAGUUCAACAAAUAUAUUUUUCAUUAUCAAGAAAGAAUCCGGUUUUCAAUUUGAUAUGACAAAUAUCCCCAUUAAAACAGCCAUUUUAGAUACUUUUGCUUGCUACGGAUACCUUGGAAUCGUUCAUCCGAGUGGAAAUGUAGAAUUUUAUGAUAAAAAUGCGGCUAAAAUCAAUGAUUUCAAGAUGCCACGUACAAAUGGAAGACUUUCAUGCAUUAAUUUCCAAAGACCAUCAACUUUAUCCGGAAUUUUCAAUGGAGCUCCAUUUUUCAUUUUCCUUGAGAAAAAGAUCAUUGAAGAAAACGACGAAUACAUUUACUACUAUUUAAACGAAACAGAUGCUCUUCUUUCUUCUUAUAAUCCUUAUUAUUCUUCUGUCGCUUAUUCUACACCAGAUAAUACUGUAUAUUGUUGUGGAAUCAACUCAAACUUCCAAAAGAGGUUUCUUGUCGCAGAUAAAGGCUUUGAUAACGUAAUUCACUUAGAAUGGAUCAAAUGUGGCAAAGUUCUUUUAGUUUUCUACGAGUCAGGAAUAGUUAUUUCAUAUUCCAUCGAUAUCGGAAGAUUCCAUAAAAUUGAAACCGAAAUUAUGAGAAAUUCUGUUUCAAUUUCAGUAGAUUCACUAGAUAACAUCAUUUUCUACUCAGAUUACUCAAAGGUACAGACUGUUUACAUAGCAGAACACCAAAAUUCGAUUCUUAUGUCUUCAUAUGGAUUUGCAGAUUAUUUCAACGAAGAAAAGCGGCUUACUUUAGAAAAUCUUGAAGCCCCAGAAUGGCUAUACCCUCUCAAGUUAGUAAUCAAGAAAGAUAUAUUAAAUACAUACUUAAUUGCGAAUGAAAACGGAAUUGCCAUUGUAGAAAACGACAAAGUAGUUGCCUCUAAGCAGCUAACAGUUAUAAAUGCCGCAUUCGUAUUAGAUUUCGUAUUUGUUUUCUCAUCCAACAACGAAGUUCGAAUUAUAGAUCUGAAAUGUAAGGAUAGAUCGAUGUUACACCUUGACUAUAAGCCAAAAUGUCUUUCUGUAUGUGAGGACAAACUAUGCGCAAGCUGCGAGAGCCAAUUUACUGUAUUUUCCAUCGGAAAAAAGGAUAAUAGUUUCGAAUUCUAUAAACAGAAGACAGUUAAGUGCAAAGACUUGUUGAAAGGUGUAUACAUAUGCAAAGAUACGAUAGUUGUUCAUUCAGCUGAUGAUGUUUGCUAUGAAUAUCCUUCGAAUUUGAUCUUGUGUACCAACAUACGAAGCUGUUUCCAGUCCCAGAACCCGUCUGGUGUAUUCAUGAACAAUACCACUCAGAUUGUUCUCGCCUACAAGCACACAAUCCUCAGAUUUGGAGCACAUUCCUGUUUCAGUGACAUUGGAACACUUUACACCCCUAACGUCAAAAAAUUCGGAGAAAUCAGUUAUGGAAAAUUAAACUAUCUUCCAUUCUGUUUGUCGUAUUUCUCAGCAAAUAUCCCUGUUCUGAAGGAAUUAAAGGAUCUUGUUGAGAAAUAUCUCCAAUACGAAUCAAUUAUUGAAGUCUUCGCUACUGCAACACUGGUAUCUAUCGACAAGAAUAGAUUGGAUCAGUACGUGAAGGCUGUAAACAAUUAUCCAAACGAAUUCCUCGCCAGAAUGUAUAUUCGAGCAUUUGAAUUAAUCGAACCAGAAGGAAGACCAAAGCUUCAUGCUUGUAACUACAUUCCAUGGUUAAUUUUCUCUCAAUACGCAACAGAUGAGGAAUUAAACAAGAUUUUGGAUGGAGCUCCAGAAGAUCUUAUCGAGAUUGUUAAAGGAAAAUAA